AUGUCUUCCGAAGUUUGCGGAAAGAAGUGUGAGGACCCCCUACUCUACGGGCUAGGCUCGCACGGCCACGACCACCCAUUCCAGAAGGAGGCCCCGAAAGAACUCCUGGACAAAUUCGGCCACGGCCACGAGGAGCUCUUGAUCGGCUGGGACGGAAAGCAUUCAUUCCAGUUCAUCCGGCAUGAGGAGGACUGGAAGGCGCGCCUCUCGGAGCGGGCGCACGAUCUCUACCACAAGAUCCGGGACGACUAUCAGGGGAUGCCCGCGCUGGAGCCGGGCCAUAUCCGGGUGCGCUUCAGUGCGCUCGUCGUCAAGAAGUCGGACAAGAAGAAGGACACAAUGACCCUCCGCCAGAUCGACGGCACAUCUAUGGCCACGGCCAAGAAGUUCUGGCGCAGGGCUCCCUGUUAUCACCUGGCCGGCUACUGUGAUAAGGAGCGGCUCCAAUGGAUUUAG